AGGUGGAGCAGCGGCAGCAGCAGCCGCCGAGGCAGCCGCCGCCGCCGCCUCCGGAAAGGGAGAGGCAGGAGAGAUUGGGAUUUGGAAACCCCAAAGUGUCGGCGACCCUGCACAGCAGGCUUCCUUCCAGCUUCAUGGGCAAAGUGUGGAAACAGCAGAUGUACCCUCAGUACGCCACCUACUAUUACCCCCAGUAUCUGCAAGCCAAGCAGUCUCUGGUCCCAGCGCACCCCAUGGCCCCUCCCAGUCCCAGCACCACCAGCAGUAAUAACAACAGUAGCAGCAGUAGCAACUCAGGAUGGGAUCAGCUGAGCAAGACAAACCUCUACAUCCGAGGCCUGCCCCCCAACACCACUGAUCAAGACCUGGUGAAGCUCUGUCAACCAUAUGGGAAAAUCGUCUCCACAAAGGCAAUUUUGGAUAAGACAACCAACAAGUGCAAAGGUUAUGGUUUUGUUGACUUUGACAGUCCUGCAGCAGCCCAGAAAGCUGUCUCUGCCCUGAAGGCUAGUGGAGUCCAAGCUCAGAUGGCAAAGCAACAGGAACAAGAUCCUACCAACCUGUACAUUUCUAACCUGCCGCUGUCCAUGGACGAGCAAGAACUUGAAAAUAUGCUCAAGCCCUUUGGACAAGUGAUUUCUACAAGGGUCCUGCGUGAUUCCAGUGGUACCAGCCGUGGUGUGGGCUUUGCCAGGAUGGAAUCGACAGAAAAAUGCGAAGCUGUAAUUGGUCAUUUUAAUGGAAAGUUCAUUAAGACCCCACCAGGAGUCUCUGCUCCUACAGAACCGUUACUGUGCAAGUUUGCCGAUGGAGGACAGAAGAAGAGGCAGAACCCGAACAAGUACAUCCCUAAUGGGCGGCCAUGGCACAGAGAAGGGGAGGUGAGGCUUGCUGGAAUGACACUCACGUAUGACCCGACCACAGCUGCUCUACAUAACGGAUUUUACCCUUCACCAUACAGUAUUGCCACAAACCGAAUGAUCAGUCAAACUUCUCUCACACCCUACAUUGCGUCUCCCGUGUCGGCCUACCAGGUGGCAAAGGAAACCAGAGAAAACAAGUAUCGGGGCUCUGCUACCAAGGUGCAAAGUCCUUCUUGGAUGCAACCUCAACCAUACAUCCUACAGCAUCCUAGUGCCGUGUUAACUCCCUCAAUGGAACACACCAUGUCACUACAGCCCGCCUCUAUGAUCAGCCCUCUGGCCCAGCAAAUGAGUCAUCUGUCGCUAGGCAGCACCGGAACAUACAUGCCUGCCACGUCAGCCAUGCAAGGAGCCUACUUGCCACAGUAUACACACAUGCAGACAGCAGCGGUUCCCGUUGAGGAAGCAAGUGGCCAGCAGCAGGUGGCUGUGGAGACAUCUAAUGACCAUUCUCCAUAUACCUUUCAACCCAAUAAGUAACUGUGAGAUGGACCAAAGGGUGUUCUUACAUGAAGAAGGGUGUGAAGGCUGAACAAUCAUGGAUUUUUCUGAUCAAUUGUGCUUUAGGAAAUUAUUGACAGUUUUGCACAGGUUCUUGAAAACGUUAUUUAUAAUGAAAUCAACUAAAACUAUUUUUGCUAUAAGUUCUAUAAGGUGCAUAAAACCCUUAAAUUCAUCUAGUAGCUGUUCCCCUGAACAGGUUUAUUUUAGUAAAAAACAAAAACAAAAAAAAAAAACACAAAAAAAAAACAAAGAUUUUUAUCAAAUAUAAUGAUGCAAAAAAGAAAAAAAAAAAGGAGAGAAAAAGAAAACUUCAAUUUUCUGGGUAUGCACAAAGACCACGAAGACUUAUCCAAGUGCAUGACCGGAUUUUUGCGGUUUUGUUCAUUUUGUGUUUAAUACGUCUUUUUUUUCAGCUGUAUGAAAUGGGCUUUCUGAAGUUUCUACUGUCUGACGUCACCCAUGGUGUCUGUGCUUGCCGUGAGAGUGCCGCUCUAAGCCAGUGUGGCCACCCUCCAUGUCUUUUCUUAGCUUUUCAUUUUUCUUUCGACGUAGUGUGAAGUGUCUUAUCCUUUUCUAUGAAUUCCAAUUUGCCUUAACUCUUUUGAUGCUGUAGCUGUUUCAGUAAAGUUAGUUCAAACUAAUGAUGUAGAAUGCUUUGACCAAAUGGGCUGGUCUAGUACGCCUUGUAAAACAGCAGCGUAGGGCUUUUAAAAAGGUAGUCAAUAAAAGUUGCUGAAAUUUUGGCUUUUUUAAAA